GCGCUUCCGGCCAUGGCGGGCUGGAGGCUGCUGGGCCGGGCGGCCUGGGCCCGGAGCGGAGGCCCCCGCAGGUUACCGCUGUGGUUCGGCGUGAGAUGCACCCACAACCUGGACCGCACCUGGUGGAGUGAACAUCUCUCUGAAGAAAACGUCCAGUUUAUAAAAAAAUUAACCCACGAAGAAUACAGAGUCCAGACAGCUAAUAAACUGUGCCCUCUGAAAGAUGAACCGUGGCCCAUACAACCUUGGGAACCAGGUUCCGCCAGGGUUGGCCUUAUUGCUCUGAAGUUGGGAAUGAUGCCGUUGUGGACUAAGAAUGGUGAAAAGCAUGCCGUCACGUUGCUUCAAGUACAAGAUUGUCAUGUUGUCAAAUACACUCCGAGUGAAGGUGCUGGAAAGCUGGGAGCCCUAACUGUAGGAGGCAAAAAUGCAUCACCUUUCUAUAAAUCUGAAGAGACAUUGGAGAUGUUCAGAGAAGCUGGAGUACCGCCAAAGCAGAGAAUUAAAAUAUUUCGUGUAACCGAAAAUGCUAAAAUUAAACCAGGUACUCCUUUGUAUGCUGCUCACUUUCGCCCUGGGCAAUAUGUGGAUGUCACCGCAAAAACAAUUGGUAAAGGUUUUCAAGGAGUCAUGAAGAGAUGGGGAUUUAAAGGGCAGCCAGCCACUCAUGGUCAGACCAAAACCCACAGGAGACCAGGGGCAAUAUCAACUGGGGAUAUUGCUAGAGUUUGGCCUGGGAAAAAAAUGCCCGGGCAAAUGGGGAACAUAUACCGAACAGCAUUUGGAUUAAAGGUGUGGAGAAUAAACACAAAGCAUAACAUCAUUUACGUCAACGGUUCUGUGCCUGGACAUAAAAGUUGCUUCGUAAAGAUCAGGGAUACCAGGCUACCGACAUACAAAGACAAGCUUAAACACCUGCCGUUCCCUACCUAUUUUCCUGACGGCGAUGAAGAGGAGCUUCCAGACAACCUGUUUGAUGAUGAUGUAUUCGAGCCCGGAGAUCAAUCGCUCAUAUUUGCCUAAUGGCUUGCGCUCGGUUAUUUCCAAGGACUCUAGAAAAAAGGAAGAAGGAUAAGCCCGGAGCUCCACAUUCUCCUUUAGUGGUGAUCUAAGCUGUGCACCAGGACUGCCUUCAUCAGAGAUCCAGAUUUUCAGUUUUAGAUCAUCGGACUAAGCGGGGCUGUUUUCUCCAGGUUAAAUGAAAAAGAUUUGCAGGCUUAACUGUACAUUUUUUCCAGCUUCAGCUGUCUCAGUCCUGAAGAUUGAGUUAAUUUAAAGUGUUUUUUGUAAGUAAAUGCCAUUUGAGUAAUUUGAAUUCUUUCCUACAUUUUUCUCCUCCCCUAAAUGAGAGAUUAGGCCAAAAUAGAGUUUCAAAAAUAAAGGAUUUUCGUGCUAAAAUUUCCUAAAA